AUGGCGAGGCGGCAGCCAUCAUCGUCAGCCGUGUACUGCUUCGUCGUCCUCCUCCUCAUCGUCAGCCUCGGCGCCGCCAUUGCAACGACGGCGGCGUCGACGUGCGAGGAGGACCUGGAGGAGCUGACGCGCAGCUGCGAGGUGUACUUCCGGUUCCCGGCGGAGCCGAGGGUGGCGCCGUCGGCGGCGUGCUGCGGCGUGGUGAGGGAGGUGGACGUGGCGUGCCUGUGCGCCAUGGUGACGCCGGAGGUGGAGAAGAACGUGUGCAUGGACAAGGUCGUCUACGUCGCCGCCUUCUGCAACAGGCCCUUCCUGCCUGGCUCCUACUGCGGCAGUUAUCACAUUCCCGGGCCGGUCGUGUAA